AUGGCAGCCAUCAUGGGUAAAUCACCACCGCACGGAUACUCACCUAACCAAUCGCCAUACCCUCCAAACUACCCCCCGUCCCAAGCAUCCUACUACAAUCAACCACAACAAUAUGGCGGACCGCAAAACUACCAAGCUCCACCGCCUUCUUACCGGGGGGGACAUGGCGGAUACCGCGGUGCUUCCUACAAUUCCUCCGACAGGCGUUAUCCGCCAGCUAAUAGCUAUCCAACUCCACCCGCUGCAAGGGGACGCGGUCAUUACAGCAAUCUUUCUUGGACUCCAGCGACGGGGAGCCGCGGCGGCCGCGCGCCUAUUGACAAACACCGCAGUCUCAUUGCCCCCGCUGCACAGAAUGCUGUCGCAAACCAGGCAGUCAGCCAGGUUUCUCAAACGACAUCCGGGCCACCGUCUUCGGUGGACGAGGAAGACAACCCUUUCCGGCCUUCAAAAGAUUUGAGAGUUGAGGACCAGGGCUCGAAAGACAAGGAAAAAGAGAAAAACAUGCCACCUCCAACCAGCAAGGCAGAAGGUGCUCAGGCUCAGACAGGACCCAAGAUAAGCUUUGCUCUCAAGACCAAAUCAGGGCCUCCUGCAUCUGCAGCACCAAAGGUGGAGCUUACUGCCAAACCGUCUGUUCUUGAAAGUGCGCCUGCGAAAAAGUCCAGUGCUUUGCCUCCUUCGUCUUCGGCUUCCAGCUCAAAACCUCGACCGGAUCCUCGACCGGAUCCUCGACCUGAUUCCCGGCCUGAUCCUCGUCCUGAUCCUCGUCCCGAUCCUCGAAAUGACAGACGUUAUGAUCCGCCAUAUGACCGCAGGUCCGAUUACAGGUCUGACGAUCGUAGAUCAGACUACAGGUACGAUGAUAGGAGAUCAGAUUACAGAUACUCGGACCGUGAUGAGAGAAGAAUGGAUUACAGGAGCCGGGAUGAUAGAUUGCCGGAUUACAGGGCAGAUGACAGAAGAGGCGAUUACAGGCGCGGUGAUGACAGAGAUAGAAGGCCUGAUUACGACGAUCGAAAGUCUGAUUCCGGGGCAUCUGCGUUCAGGCCACCAGACUUUAGAGUCUCAGACUACAGGCCUACUGACGCCAGGUCGGCACGUCGUCCAGAAUCUCGCCCGAUUGAAAAGCGUCUAGAAAAGAGGAUCAUGAAGCGGCCUAAGCCUAAGCCAGUCUUGGAGCCGGAUUUUGCGGCCUCAGACUCUGUUUAUUACCGCAAGCCUGGUAACGAAUCAGUUGUGGGGUCUGGUACGUACGGAAAGGUCUUCAAGGCAAUCCACGUGUACACCAAGGACAAGGUUGCCCUCAAGAAGAUUAGGAUGGAGGGCGAACGCGAUGGAUUUCCGGUUACAGCCAUUCGAGAGAUCAAACUUCUUCAAUCCCUCAACCAUGACAAUAUUGUCAAGUUGCAAGAGGUCAUGGUUGAGAAGAACGACUGCUUCAUGGUCUUUGAAUACCUAUCCCACGAUUUAACGGGUUUGCUCAACCACCCCACAUUCAAGCUCGACCACUCUCAGAAGAAGGACCUCGCCAAACAACUUUUCGAGGGACUUGACUACCUCCAUCGACGCGGUGUGCUCCACCGAGACAUCAAGGCCGCCAACAUCCUGGUCAGCAACACUGGGCUCCUGAAGCUCGCUGAUUUUGGUCUCGCCCGGUUUUAUGCCAAACGCAAAAAGCUCGACUACACGAACCGCGUCAUCACAAUCUGGUACCGCUCGCCCGAACUGUUGCUCGGCGAGACGCAAUACGGCCCUGCGGUCGACAUAUGGUCAGCUGCUUGCGUGCUAGUUGAAAUCUUCACGAAACACGCCAUCUUCCCCGGUGACGGUGGAGAGAUUAACCAGCUCGACAAGAUUUACAACGUGCUGGGGACGCCGACACGGGCCGAGUGGCCGGGGAUAGUGGAAAUGCAGUGGUUCGAGCUUCUGCGGCCGACCGAGCGCAAGGCUAGCACGUUUGCGGAAAAGUACAAGGAGAGAGUGACGCCGGCGGCGUUUGAUCUGCUGUCGGCCAUGUUCCUGUACGAUCCGGCAGCGCGGCCCAGCGCGUCGGACAUUCUAGAGCACCCGUACUUUACGGCGGAGGAACCGUUACCGCGGCGCGCGCUCGAGUUGGAGCAGCUACAGGGCGAUUGGCAUGAGUUUGAGAGCAAGGCGCUGCGCAAGGAGCGCGAGAGGCAGGAUAAGGAGGCGCGGCGGCAAGCGCGUGAGGAUGCGGCGCGCCGCGAGGGCGAGAAGAGGCGCGCGGAGGGAUCGGCGGCGGAGCCGGAGCGCGAUGCCAAGAGGCAGAAGGGCGGCGGUGGUGUUGAUAGUGCUGGGGGGAUUGAGAGCGGCGGUGGUGCGGGGGGCGCCAGCACGGGCGGCACCAGCGGUGGCGAACCCAUGGCCUUGGAGUAG